AUGAGCGGCACCGAGGAUGACAGCCGCUGUCAGAAGGCGAUCCACAUUGUCACCGAGCUGUGCCAGAAGAAAAGCCUGCCUGGCCUGGACCUGGACACUUGCAGGGAAUUCCUCCUGCUGCCUUCUGACCAGAGCCUGAUCAUCUCCGAGCCAGAGCUCUCCGUCAGCCUCCUUGCAGUGAUAGUGAUUGUGUGUGGACUGGCCCUAGUGGCAGCUUUCCUGUUUCUCUUUUGGAAGCUGUGCUGGGUUCCCUGGAGGAACAAGGCCAUAUCCUCUAACCUGGCCGUCCUGCAGAGCGAGGCAGGCUGCCCUAAGGAGAGCAUGGCAGACAAGCUCAAGGACACGGGUGCCAUCAGUUUCCUGGAGGCAGCAGUGAAGAUCAGCCACACAUCACCAGACAUCCCUGCAGAGGUCCAGAUGUCCAUGAAGGACCACAUCAUGCGGCGCACGCGGAUCCAGCGGCAAACAACAGAGCCUGCAUCUUCCACCAGGCACAUCUCCUUCAAGAGGCACCUUCCUCGGCAGAUGCACGUGUCCAGCAUGGACUAUGGCAUGGACGUGCCGGCCGUGGCCGAGCAGCCGACCAGCAUCGGGCGCAUUAAACCCGAGCUCUACAAGCAGAAGUCUGUGGACUCCGAGGACCCCAAAAAAGAGGCAGCAAAAACCUGUGGGAAAAUCAACUUCACCCUCAAGUACGACUACGAGAGCGAGACGCUGAGCGUGCGCAUCCUCAGGGCGUUUGACCUGCCAGCCAAAGACUUCUGCGGCAGCUCCGACCCCUACGUGAAGAUCUACCUCCUGCCCGACAGAAAGCGCAAGUUCCAGACGCGGGUGCACAGGAAGACUCUGAACCCCACCUUCGAUGAGUCCUUCCACUUCCCCGUGCCCCACGAGGAGCUGGGCAGCAGGAAGCUCCACCUGAGCGUCUUUGACUUUGACAGGUUCUCCAGGCACGACAUGAUAGGAGAAGUCAUCCUGGAGAACCUGUUUGAGGCCUCAGACCUUUCCCGGGAGACUUCCAUCUGGCAGGACAUCCAGUAUGCGACAACGGAAAGCGUGGACCUGGGGGAGAUCAUGUUUUCCCUGUGCUAUUUGCCAACUGCAGGUCGCCUCACCCUGACUGUCAUUAAAUGCAGGAAUCUCAAAGCUAUGGAUAUCACUGGCUACUCAGAUCCAUAUGUCAAAGUGUCUUUGCUCUGUGACGGGCGAAGACUGAAAAAGAAGAAAACCACCAUAAAGAAAAACACCCUUAAUCCCACUUACAAUGAAGCAAUAAUCUUUGACAUUCCCCCCGAGAACAUGGAUCAAGUCAGUCUGCUCAUCUCCGUCAUGGAUUAUGAUCGAGUGGGUCACAACGAGAUCAUCGGGGUUUGCCGUGUGGGGGUCAAUGCUGAGGGGCUGGGCAGAGACCACUGGAACGAGAUGCUGGCGUACCCACGCAAGCCCAUCGCGCACUGGCAUCCAUUAGUGGAGGUGAAGAAGUCUUUCAAAGAGUGGCACGGCCGCGCCGCGAGCAUCGACAGCCAGAGCUCCUGCCCGUCCCCAAAGCCGCCCCCCACGCCCUGA